UUUCAAAAUAGUUCGUUCUCUCGUCUUUAUCUGGCGGUUACGUAUUGCUAUCUGCGCCAUUACCCUUGGAUUUUUCUGGGUUAAAUAUCAGUUUAUUUAGCAACCAAAGCUUUGCGAAUAUGCAGGGAUUGUCUCUUCAAAGUCUUAAGAAGCACAAAGCUCUGAUCCCAUUAUACUUCUGCGUGGGAUUAGGUUGCCUUGGUGCUGGUUUCUACACCUUCCGCUUGGCUGUCCGUAACCCUGAUGUACAAUGGGACCGUAGAGGAGACAUUUCCAAUGAAGAAUUCAGAGCUAAGCAGUAUAAAUUCUACUCUCCAAAUGUGGACUAUUCCAAAUUGGAGAGCCCAGCUCCAAAAUAUUAGAAAAUGUAAUCCUUAGUCGUACUGUACCCUUAUGUUUAAAUAAAGUUGUAAAUAUUAUAGAAA